AGCUAAAGGAGCGCUCGGCCUCCCGGCCGUCAGUGGCAGAGCGCAGCCCAGCCCGCCCGCCCUCCCAGCCAGGAGAACUUGGCCCGGAGCUCGCGCCCAGACCCCAGACGGACCCGCCAGGCCGAGCCUCAGGCGCCGACGCUGCCAGCCUGCGGGGUGCAGCAUUCUACCCAUCACCACCUCGCUGCCCCUAAUUCUACUAUGUGGUCCUGUCAAGAGCUAGCUGUGGGAACUUGGGCAACAGCAGGGAGAAGCUCCCUCAGCACCACGGGAGAGGAAGCCCAGAAAGGCCUGGGGCCAGAGUCUACUCCGGAGCACAUCCCGCUUUGCCCCGAGGCUCGCAGCCCAGUGGCCCUUGUGUGCGGUUCCAGUCGGCAGGUGGAGAGCAUGAAGGGGAGCCUCACCCUGGUGGGCAUCCUGUGGGCGGUGCUGUCGCUGCUCACGGCCGUGGCCAGCACCACCAGCUACUUCCUGCCCUACUGGCUCUUCGGCUCCCAGCUAGGGAAGCCGGUGUCCUUCAGCAUGUUCCGGCGCUGUAACUACCCCGUCCGGGGUGAGGGCCGCAGCCUGGUCAUGGUGGAAGAGUGUGGCCGCUACGCCAACUUCGAGGCCAUCCCCAGCCUGGCCUGGCAGAUGUGCACCGUGGUGACGGGCACCGGCUGCGCCCUGCUGCUCCUGGUGGCACUGGGGGCCGUCCUGGGCUGCUGCAUGGAUGAGCUCAUCUCCAGGAUCAUGGGCCGAUGCAUGGGAGCCGCCCAGUUUGUGGGAGGUCUGCUGAUCGGAGCCGGCUGUGCCUUGUACCCCCUGGGAUGGAACAGCCCCGAGGUGAUGCAGACCUGUGGCAACGCCUCCAGCCAGUUUCAUUUAGAUUUGCCACCUCCCCCUCCCCCCAGCAAGGUGCCAAAGCUGCUGCUCACUUGGCUGUUUAAUACAGAGAACGAGGGCCCUGAUGUGGCGCAGGAACACCAAGUGCACCUUGGAGCCGAGGAGCCGUUUGGGGUUUUUUCUUGGAACAUCUUCUCACCUGACGUGGGGGACAAGGUAGAACAGCUUAGCCAAAAUGAAGGGGAAGACCUCCGCUGGGUAUUUGGAGAAGGCAGGACUCGGCAGCGUCUCUCAGCAACUGGGGAGAAGGCCCCGACGCCGUGGCCUCCAUUCUCCCCUCUUGUCACGGCCCCCGGGCUCAGAGCCUUUUUAAGAGGGUAGAGCUCUCAGUCUCACCAAGAAGACAUCGUUGGCCCAUGCUUGGUUGGGGGAUGACAACAGAGGCCCGGUGCAGAAUGGCUUGUCUGGGAGAGCGGCGGUGAAGAGAAUAAAGUGGCAAAAGAUCACAGUGCUUCGGAACACCUUCCAGUUCGAUGACAUCGGGAGACCGGCAGAAGAUGUCGGCUUGCUAGCCCUCCCUGCAUCCUCUCCCGGGCACGGGGUGAGAAGUUGUGGGAGAAUGGAUAUCCGGGGUACAUUUAUUCGUUUCAUUUCUAGGUUGGACCAGCCGGCCACCGAGGGCUCUUCCAAGUAUUCUGGGUGUGUGUAGAGUGGGUACAGUCAUUUAUUUGCUUUGCUCUUUUAAUUAAACUUUUUUUUGGUUUUGAA